CUCCUGCUGGAGCCAAUAGAGUAUUUAAUUCGAGCGCGCCGCUUGCUUGGGCUGUCAUUCCUGCGGAGGCAGUCUGAGAGGAAUACUGUUGAACAUGGCUGCUGUAACACGUCUGUUGGCCCUGCUGUCUGCUGCGGUGGCAGUGAGUGGCCACAGCUACCACCUUGGAGGAUGCCCCACUGUUGAUCCAAUGCCGGACUUUGAUGUCAACAGGUUCUUGGGCAAAUGGUAUGUCAUUCAGAAGACAUCAACAGGCAGCACUUGCCUGGUCAACAACUAUGCUGUAGACACUAACCAUACUGGCCACUACUUGCUGGAGCAGCGCAGCCAACACUUUAUUCUUGGAAUGACAUCUGUGGACCAUGUCUAUCGCUACACUGGAGAUCUGACGAUACCUGACAAGCAAACACCUGGUGCUAUGCGAGUCAGAUUCCCUCUCAGCAUUGCUGGCAGUGCAAGCUACACAGUCUUUGCAACAGACUAUGAAAAUUAUGCUGGUGUCUUCACCUGCCAGAAGCUGGCCUUUGCUCAUCGCCAGUCUGCAUCGAUACUGUCCCGCUCACCCACUCUCGACAAGAUGUAUGUUGAGAAGAUACGAAGCAAGUUGAGCAGUUUUGGUAUUGAUCCUUUUGAUCUGAGCAUCAUCAAGCAAGAUGAUUGUCCAAAGGUGACAGAUGACAGCUAUAAUAUCAAUAUCAACCCAGAUACCUUCAGCCCUGGUAGUAUUGCCGGUGUUGUUCGUACAGCAGGAGAUAAGUUGGGUGAUGGUGUUGAAGUAGUUGCUGAAGGUGCCAAGAAGGUAUACCACAAAGUCCGUGGAGAUCGGGAUCGGGAAGAAAUUAGCAUUUAUCAGCCAGAUGAGUCUGAGUGGCUUCCAUAAACUGGUGAAAGUUGGGUAAUUAAAUUUUAUUCAUCCUCUUCACAGACGAAUUUGAAACUUUCAAAAGAAUCAGUGUUUUGAAUAUGUUAUUGAUAGUAUAUUAGUUUAAUGGAUUUGUGAUACAGUUGGCUAAAGUAUAAAUGUAAUGAUGAAUUGAAAUGUGUCUGCUGGAAUUUGACUUGUUCUUGUACCAAUGGAUUUGUAUAAAUUGUUCCAGGAACAUGUGUUUUUGCUCAGUUUCUUGUUUCAGUAAAGGGUAGUGUAUGAACAUAAGUAUUCCAUAGCUUAUAGUUGAAACAGUAAUCAAUUUCUAUAAUUUUUACUUUCAGUGAGUAAAAAAAUUGUGCCAUAUUAGCAUUUUGUGAUAUUGGAUAAUCACCCUUGCCAUUGUCACCAUCCUCUUUUGUGUACAUUUUGUUUCCUAGUAUAAAAUAGUUUGUAUUAGUUCUAGUCAAAAAGUGUUCUUGAAAUACUUCAGUAUAUUGUUGAAUGUAAGAAAAAAUAAGGAAAAACUAGGUAUCUGUGCUACCUAUGAUAGUGUCAAAGUAUAAAUACUGCCUUCAGCAGAGACUUCUGUAAUAUAGAAUUUCUGUGUGUGCCUGUGGUUAUGUAAAUAAUAUGUCUGAAUGUGGAAGUAUAGAGAUCACUGUUUUGAGGUUUUGUGUUGAAUAAGAAUCUCUCCAAAACAUAUGCCCACGUACAUCACACUUCGUAAUAUGCUGAUUCAUUUCAUUAAAUGUACAUACCAUUAACAAACAUAAAUCAGUUUCAUAAUAGUCUGUGAAGCCUAUGCCUAAUAUUAUGAAUUCAGUGACAUAUCACAGAGAAUUAUAAAAAUAUAAUUUAUCUGCCUUGAAUCCUGCAGUUUUUAAAUAUAUUUAAUUGUAUACUACAGUACUUGACUUGUGUUGUAAAGCUGAUCAGUAGUUAAAUUAGUCUUGUUGAAAGAACAUUUUUGUAAUAAAAUUACUGUACUAGCAGAUGAUGAUACAGUAAUAACAUUUAAAAAGAAAUUUGUGUGGAACAGAGAGAGUUGUGUAAUUGUUGAACUUGUUGAUACGCUGUGUUAUUUUUUAAUAGGCACCCUGCUUUGAAGAGAAUGGAGGUUUUUUAGGUUGAUGGGAGAAAACAGAUGUACAAAGCAGAAAUACUUGAGAAUUUAUCCAAGUAAGGGGGUUUCUUUUGUUAAAUGGGCACUAUGGAAAUGAAUAGUUUCCAAUAAUAUAAUGUGUGUGUUUUUGUUUGUUUUGAAAGGCAAAUUUCUUGUGAUGUGAAGACACUUUGUGUUUUGCCUUUUUUUUUAGUAGAAAGGCAAUAUUUUUUUAGUGUAGCAGCAUCUGUGUAAUACUGGAUUGCUUCUGUGUGGGGAAACUAAUGGAGGGGGGUGGGGGGAGGGAUGUAGAAAAAAUUACACAGUAUGUGUGUGAAUUGGUAUGAGUUAUAUAUCAACAAGGUACCCUUCUAUGUUAAAUGGGGCAGCUUUUUGUAGUUAAUGUGGCAGCUUCUGCAACAAGGGAGUGAAUCUCCUGAGUAUGUGGACCAGCUUUUGUACUGAGUAGUGUAGCUUCUGUAUCUAGUUGGCCCACUUCUGUUUGAAGUAGGGUAUUUUCUGUAUCAAGUAGGGCAGCUUCUGCACCAAGCAGGGCAGCUUCUUCUUUAAGAGGGACAACUUCUGUAUUAAGUGGGGCAGCUUCUUUGUUAAGUGAGGCAGCUUCUUUGUCAAGUGGGGCAGCUUCUUUGUCAAGUGGGGCAGCUUCUUUGCCAAGAGGGCAGCUUGUAUGUCAAGUGGGGUAGCUUGUAUGUCAAGUGGGGCAGCUUGUAUGUCAAGUGGGGCAGCUUGUAUAUCAAGUGGGGCAGCUUGUAUGUCAAGUGGGGCAGGCUGUAUGUCAAGUGGGGCAGGCUGUAUGUCAAGUGGGGCAGGCUGUAUGUCAAGUGGGGCGGCUUCUGUGUCAAGUGGGGCGGCUUCUGUGUCAAGUGGGGCAGCUUCUGUGUCAAGUGGGGCAGCUUCUUUGCCAAGAGGGCAGCUUGUAUGUCAAGUGGGGCAGCUUGUAUGUCAAGUGGGGCAGGCUGUAUGUCAAGUGGGGCGGCUUCUGUGUCAAGUGGGGCGGCUUCUGUGUCAAGUGGGGCGGCUUGUAUGUCAAGUGGGGCAGCUUGUAUGUCAAGUGGGGCAGCUUCUGUCAAGUAAGGCAGCUUCUGUCAAGUAAGGCAGCUUCUGUGUCACUUGGGACAGUUUCUGUGUUGUGUGUAAUAGCUUUUGGGUCACAUGAGGUUGUUUUUCUGUCAAGUGGAAAAGCCUUUUGGUCAAGUGGGGCAGCUCUGUGAUCAAGUGGGGCAGCUCUAUUGUAAGUGUGGCGGGGCAGCUUCUGUGUCACUUGGGACAGUUUCUGUGUUGUGCAGAAUAGUUUUUGGGUCACAUGAUGUUGUUUUUCUGUCAAGUGGAAAAGCCUUUUGGUCAAGUGAGGCAGCUCUAUGAUCAAGUGGGGUAGCUCUAUUGUUAAGUGUGGCAUAUUCUUUGAUCAAAUAGCAUAGGUUUUAGAUUAGAUAAACCAGCCUUUUUAUGAAGUAGGGUAGCUUUUAUAUCAGUUGGGCCAGCACGGCGGUCAACUGGGACAGUUUGUGCUUAAAGAUGGAGUAGAAUCUCUUUAGUAAAUGGGCCAGCUUUUGCUCCAAGUGGGAUAGCUUCUGCAUCAAGUAAGGCAGCUUGUGUGUCAUGUGGGAGAAACACGUGAAUAAAUGGCACAGAAUUUGCAUCUAGCAGUGCAGUUUCUGUGGUAAAUGGGGCAGCUUUAGAGUCAAAUGGGGCAACUUCGGUAUCAAUUAUGGCAAUUGAACAAUUAUGGCACCAAUGUAGACCAACUUUUUGUAACAUUUAUUUUCCUCAUUUAAAAACUAGUAAACAUGUCAAGGGAGAAAUAAUUCUUGUGAAGUGGUACAGCUAAUUGUUAUAAACAAUUGCAGCUUUGUAAUGAACUGAGACAGCUCUUUUAUGAUUGGGACAUAAUUUCUGUUAUAUGUGAUCACAUUUGGCAUAUUUUCUGAUCUUAGAGGCUCUUUUUAACUAUUAAAACCAUAGAACCAUUCUGUAACUAGUUUGUAAAUAGGUAUAGGUUGCUGUAAGGCUCCAUAAACGAUAUAAUAGUACUUGGUUACAUAGUAUUUUUGUUGUUUUAAUGGUACAUAUACAUCCUUAAAAAUAUUGUGGUUUGAAAUAUUAGGACAAUGUUGUUUGUUGGGGUGAAAUCAUAGUAAACAGAAGUUAACAGUUAUUUCAGAAAAUGGGAUGUAGGCAGCUCCAAUUACAUGAAAAGAUAGCAGUUUUUUGUGUAGAUUGCUGUGCUGUUGCUGUCUAAAAUGAUGAGCUUCACUCAUAGGAACAUUUAGGGUGCUAAUGGGUAGCUAUUUCUAACAGAGUAAUGAUGUUCAAAACAAGUGUUGCAACAGUAGAGGUAUUUGGCAGUUUUGUUUCUGUUGAAAUCUUGAAUGAUGUUGCAACAGCACAAGAGAUUUAUGGUGUGAUUUAUUCAUAGAAAUUAGAACUUUUUCCAAUCCAUGGCUGUGUAAUGCAGCAACCAGUGGUAACAAUAUGAAAGAAAAAACAGUCUUGGUUGCAAAACUGCAGUUUGUUUUAUGUUUAUAGAAACUGCUAGCUACAUAUGUUAUUAGUAUUACAGAUGAAGGCAACUAUUCAAAAUUACUAUUGUUGCUUAGUAGAAGGAGAAGGCUAUGAGACCUGUAGAUGUUAAUGAGAUUAAAUUGUGAGGUAGCUAAGACAUUUAAUAUUUAAUGGUGCUACAAUAAGAAGACAUAUAAUAUUUAGUGGUGCUACAAUAAGGAGAAUAAUUUAUUUGAUUUGAUGUGAUGAUGUCACUGAAUCCAUUCUGAAAAAAGAACACUUAUAGCAAGAGUCUUCCAAAAGAGAUUCUACUUUUUGUUAUAGUUAUCAUUUUACUGAUUAGUAAUAUUGAAUGAGUUGCAACAUAUGUAGAGUAGUGUGAAAUAGUGUUUCCUUAAUCAAAGAAUGAGUGUGUUUGUGUAUUAAUGUUAGCAAAUUUGUUAGGAACUUUGGCAUAUAAGGAGAGCAUCAUACAAUGACUGAAGCUUGUGUAGAUAUGAUCUUGUAUUCAAAUAUGUUACUCUAUGAGUGACAAUGUAUAUGAUAAGUGGAAUGAUACAUGAAUUGUAAAUAAAUAAACAUAUUUUUGAAUUA